GCGAAGGUUGUUAAGACAAAAGUAUCUCAUAGUAGAAUAAUAAAUAAUAAUAAUUAUUUAAUAGUUAAAUAAAAAGUGCUAAUUUGAAAUUUGAAAUAAAUUAAAAAAAAAAGAACAAAAUGGAAGGUAAAACAGUCAUUAUUACCGGUGCAAACAGCGGUAUUGGAAAGGAGACCACCCGCGAUUUGGCCAAGCGUGGAGCCCGUAUUAUAAUGGCUUGCAGAAAUUUGGAAACAGCAAAUGCAGUGAAAGAUGAAAUCACAAAAGAGACUGGCAACAGCAAACUAAUCGUGAAGAAACUGGAUUUGGGAUCUCAAAAGUCAGUACGCGAUUUUGCUGCCGAUAUUGUUAAGAAUGAAAAGAAAAUCGAUGUGUUGAUUCACAAUGCCGGCAUGGCCUUGGCCUUCCGUGGUCAGACAAGUGAAGAUGGUAUUGAAUUAACAAUGGCUACUAAUCAUUACGGUCCUUUCCUUCUUACACAUUUACUCAUUGAUGUACUAAAGAAGAGUACACCAUCACGUAUUGUCAUAGUAGCAUCGGAAUUAUAUCGUUUGGCAUCUGUCAACUUAGAUAAACUAAACCCGAUUGGCACUUUCCCCGCUGCUUAUUUGUAUUAUGUAUCGAAAUAUGCAAAUAUUUACUUUGCUCGUGAAUUGGCUAAGCGUUUGGAAGGUAGUGGUGUUACUGUGAACUUCUUACAUCCUGGUAUGAUUGAUUCUGGUAUAUGGCGCAAUAUUCCUUUCCCACUUAAUUUACCCAUGAUGGCAAUUACUAAAGGUUUCUUCAAGACACCAAAAGCUGGUGCUCAAACCACUAUUUACUUGGCUACAUCUGAUGAAGUUGCCAAUGUAUCAGGAAAAUAUUAUAUGGACUGCAAGGAAGCUACACUAAAUGCCGCUGCUAUGGAUGAGGAAAAAGCUAAAAAAUUAUGGGAAGAAUCUAUUAAAUUGGUUAAAUUAACUCCACAAGAUCCAAAAAUCUAAUAAUAUACAUAGAUCGACUGGUUAGUGAAAACAUUUAAGUUUUUUUUAAAGCUUUUCUAGUUUACAAAACACUUUUAGUUAUUUUAAGUAUUUUUCCAAUGAGUGAGCAGGAGAGAAAUUUUAUACAAACUAUAAAACUUUUUUAUUAAUAAAUAAAAUAUAU